CCCAAAAAUCAAUUAAAAGUUCUGAUCUUAGGUACCAAGUCGCGUCAAUUGUUCACCUAGACGCGUCCUAUACAUUUUCCACUCCCAGUUUAUCUACCUAAUCGUGCCGAACACCUUUAUUUCUUUCUCACCUUCUCCACGAAACAUAAUAAACCGCCUUCCAUUACAAUUGCAAUCAUGAAUUCAUACGGCGGCGGAUACUCCCAAACGAACUACGGCGCCACCGGUGGAGGCGAUGGCGGAGGCUUCUUUGGUGGCUCGCAAAGCGGUAGUCAAGCGGCGCGACCAGUAAACGAAGAAUCUCUGCGUCCCGUGACAGCGAAGCAGAUCAUCGACGCGGAGCAGACGUUCACCAAGGAAGGGCAAUUUCGCAUUGAUGGCGUCGACGUAACGCAGGUGACCUUCGUCGGCAUGGUGCGACAGAUCAGCCCCCAGACCACCAACAUCACCUAUCGAAUCGACGACGGCACCGGCAUCGUUGAGGCCAAGUACUGGCUCGACUCCGACAAGCAGGACGACGCCAACCGCCCCAUCUUCCAAGAAGAGCAGUACGUCCGCGUCUGGGGCCGCCUCCGCAGCUUCGGCAACAAGGAGCACGUCGGUGCCCACGUCAUGCGACCCGUGACUGAUUUCAACGAGAUCAACUACCACCUACUCGAAGCCACCUACGUCCACCUAUUCCUCACCCGGGGCGGAGCACCGACCGCCGGCGCUGCGGCAGGCGGCGAUGGAAACGCCGCCGAAGACGACAGCAUGUUCGUGGAGCACAACGACGCCGCCUUCCUGCGAACCGCGUCGGUCAAGGCCAAGAAGAUGUACAACUACCUCAACCAGUCCAAGAGCAACGAGGGCACCAACAUGCACAUCAUCGCCCGUGACACCGGCAUGUCGAUCCAGGAUGUCAUGGCGGCUGCUUCGGAGCUGCUGGGCCACGGCAAGAUCUACACGACCCUUGAUGAUGAGACCUUUGCUCUGCUAGAAGGAUUCUAGAUCCAUAUGUUGCCACUUUUGGCUUGAUAAAAAACAAGGAUGGGAAUACAAUAGGCAUAGCAAUACUACGAGGGAAGGCUAGAAAGCACCUAGAUCCCUGGUACGGUUGGCACGUCAUCAUCACACUACGUCUUGGGCGCUAUUGGCAUUGAUCAAGGGAUUGAUUAGGCAUGAAUCAGGCCAGGAAUCACAGAAGAAGACUUGGUCGAGAAUGGAAACCA